AUGCCUCCAUGGAGAUACGAUGACUACACCGCCGCAUGGAUAUGCGCACUGCCAUUAGAAUUGGCCGCCGCCUGCGCAAUGCUGGAUGAGCGGCACCGCCCCCUUCCCCGCGAGCGGCAUUCACGCGAUAACAACACCUACAUUCUUGGACGAGUCGAGUCACACAACGUGGUGAUUGCCUGUCUACCCUCUGGUAUCACCGGCACCGUUUCCGCGGCAAGAGUGGUCAAUCUGAUGCUCUCCACUUUCAGGCACAUUCAGUUCGGAUUGAUGAUUGGGAUCGGCGGCGGUGCUCCGAGUGAGGUGCAUGAUAUCCGACUGGGAGAUAUUGUCGUCGGAAAACCCACGGGUUUAUUAGGAGGUGUUGUUCAAUACGAUUUCGGCAAGACGGUGCAGCAGGGACGGUUCCAGCGGGGCGGCAUGCUCAAUAAGCCUCCGGAGAUCUUGCUGACGGCGUUGAGCAGCUUAGAAGCCAAGCACUUCAUGAUGGGAAAUGACAUAGAAAGGACGAUUCAGCAGGCGGUCCACAAGUAUCCUGCCAUGAGAGCUUCCUAUACACGCCCCCCCGAACAGUCCGACCGACUGUUUCAGGCACACUAUGAGCACCCAGAGACCCAACCCACCUGUUCUGAUUGUGACGCCGACCAACUGGAACAUCGAACGCCUCGUUCGCGGGGGAUGCAGCAUUCCUACGUUCAUUAUGGACUGAUUGCAUCCGGGGAUCAAGUGGUGCGGCAUGGUGCGAUGAGGGACCAUCUGCGCAAGGAACUGGAUGUCCUUUGCUUUGAAAUGGAAGCAGCCGGUCUGAUCGACAGCUUUCCAUGCCUGGUGAUUCGGGGCAUUAGCGACUAUGCGGAUUCGCAUAAAAAUGAUCUUUGGCAGGGGUAUGCCGCGGCAGCUGCGGCAGCUUACGCCAAAGAACUGAUGCAGGUUAUUCCGACCAGAUAUAUCGACACGACUGGUGCACCUGUCGGCAGCAAUGAAACUGGAUCGGAGGACCAUCGUUUUCAGGUUCACCAGUGGCUUUCACCGGCCAAUGUCCAGGAUGACUUGUCCCAUCACCAACAUGAAUGCAUGGAUGGCAGCUGUCACUGGGCGUUUCAAACCCCGGAGUUGCAGUCUUUUCUGUUGUCGAAGCAGGAGAUGGAAUGUCUCAGGAUCGGCGGAGCACCAGGCAGUGGGAAGUCUACCCUCACUGCCUUCAUCAUCAGUCAUCUGAUCCAGCAUGACUAUCACGUGGUCUACUUUUUCUGCAAAGGGACGGACGAAAGCAAGCAACAGCCUGUCCAUGUGCUCGGCACUCUACUUUCCCAGCUGCUGGCCGCAGAUGGCGGGUCUCACCUCUUCGCGUGGGUCAACGAGUUACGCUUGCAAAGCGGGAAAAAGCACGCGGAAUCAUUUGCAGUCCUCAAAGACGCUUUCCAGUAUGCUUUAAUCAAUGGGUGUACCGAUAAACCGCUCGUGGUCGUGGUCGAUGCUCUGGACGAGUGUCAUGAUGGUUGCCUGCUUGCUUCCGCAUUGAUCACUUCACUGAGCACAUCCAAACGCACCUCCAGGCUUCUCCUCUCCAGUCGUGAAGAGCCUGAUCUGAUCCACGUCGUUAAGUCGUUCCAGGAACGAGGCCAAUCACUGCGCGAGUUGAUCACCCUUCCAUCACGUGUCCGACAGCCCAUUGUGGCGUAUAUCAAAAUGAGAAUUGCCCGCAGUCCACACAUCAAUUCCACCUCUCUCGGACAAGAUGUCUUUGAACAAGUCUCUGCUGCAGCAGAUGGCUCUUGGCUCUACACAAGAUUGAUGCUGGAUGAAAUUGAGCGGUUACCAAGCGCCGCAUCCGUGGCAUGCCAACUACACAACAUCCCUCACGGCCUCAUGCAGCUUUAUCAAACCAUAUUUGUGGCGAUGGGAUCGGCACUGACCCCGCUCGAGCUGCGGCUUGCCCAGCAGCUCUUUCUGUGGGUCGACAUGGCCGACUUUGUUCUCGUGGGAAGAUCCGAACUCGACCAAGAGAUUCUCGAUAUUGUCUUCCAAGCGGAAAAUGCGGGCGAGGAAGUGUUUAAUUCAAUUAGUCUUGCACAGAAACUCUGUUCACCUCUGAUCACCAUCAUGGAGGCCGGACGCGACAAUACCAUCUGGGGAGAAUGCCGCCAACGCCAACUACAAGUCCGCUUCGUUCAUCAUACUGCGGUGCAAUUUGUACGGGAAAGUGCCCCUAGAGAAGAGGAUACGGCACACAGAGCCGUUCCAGCCAUAUUGGAGCCGCAGAUCCUGAAGAACCUCCAUCGGGCCAAUACGGCUAUCUGGUACUUUGAGCACUGCACCAAAUCGGCCACCUUGCUGGACUACCUUCGAUUGAAUGGAUCCGCGUGGAUCCAAGGCGCCUACUUUGAGAUGGCCUACGCCCUAUGGAGCGCAUUCUUUCUCACCACACUGCCGAGCCAUCUUAGCGAUGGCGACUUAGCACGGGCCUCUGUGCUUUGUGAUCGAUUGACCCAUUUCCUGCGCUCGGAGCAGUGCCUAAAGUGGGUUGAAAUGGCCAUUAUCAUCAAUUUCGACGGGGGCUGUUCGUACCUGUUCGGGAAUGCGGUCCGCGCUCUUUCAGCCGCACACAGCUCUUUGGAAGUUACCGAUGGGGAGAGCAGAAGCAAAUUGCUUCCGGCGUUUCAGACAUUUUCGGUGGCGCGAAAAACCUUCUUUGCGGACUACGCCUAUGUCAUCUCUCGCACGGGGCCGGCAUAG